UUUCAAAAUGGCGGAGCGUGGAGCGAGCGGCGGCGGGAGCGGCGGGGACAGUCUGGACAAGAGCAUCACUCUGCCCCCUGACGAGAUCUUCCGCAACCUGGAGAACGCCAAGCGCUUCGCCAUCGACAUAGGUGGAUCGCUGACAAAGCUGGCAUACUAUUCCACCGUGCAGCACAAAGUGGCCAAAGUGAGGUCUUUUGACCACCCAGGAAAGGACACGGAACAGGACCACGAGCCCCCCUACGAGAUCUCUGUUCAGGAGGAGAUCACAGCCCGCCUGCAUUUCAUCAAGUUUGAGAACACCUACAUGGAAGCCUGCCUGGACUUCAUCAAAGACCACUUGGUCAACACAGAGACAAAGGUCAUCCAGGCCACAGGAGGUGGGGCCUACAAAUUCAAGGACCUCAUCGAGGAGAAGCUGCGUCUGAAGGUGGACAAGGAGGAUGUGAUGACGUGCUUGAUAAAGGGGUGCAAUUUCGUAUUGAAGAACAUCCCUCACGAGGCCUUCAUGUACCAGAAAGACUCGGAUCCAGAGUUCCGAUUUCAGACAAACCACCCCAACAUUUUCCCAUACCUUCUGGUCAACAUUGGCUCUGGAGUCUCCAUUGUGAAGGUGGAGACAGAGGACAGAUUCGAGUGGAUUGGUGGAAGCUCCAUUGGAGGUGGCACCUUCUGGGGACUUGGGGCUCUGCUCACCAAAACAAAGAAGUUUGAUGAGCUGCUGCAGCUGGCCUCCAGGGGCCGGCACGCCAACGUGGACAUGCUGGUGCAAGAUGUCUAUGGGGGUGCCCACCAGACUCUGGGGCUGAGUGGCAAUCUCAUUGCAAGCAGCUUUGGGAAAUCAGCCACUGCUGACAGAGAGUUCUCCAAAGAAGACAUGGCCAAGAGCCUACUGCAUAUGAUCAGCAAUGACAUUGGACAGCUUGCCUGUCUCUACGCGAAGCUCCAUGGCUUAGACAGGGUCUACUUUGGUGGCUUUUUCAUCCGAGGCCACCCUGUGACAAUGCGUACCAUCACCUAUAGCAUCAACUUCUUUUCCAAGGGAGAAGUCCAGGCUCUGUUCCUGAGACAUGAAGGCUACCUUGGAGCCAUCGGAGCAUUUUUAAAAGGAGCCGAGCAAGACAAUCCUAACCAGUAUAGCUGGGGUGAGAACUACGCAGGUAGCUCCGGGUUGAUGAGCACGUCGCCUGAUCUGUGCCCAACUCAACGGGCGAGGAGCGGUACAUUUGACCUGCUGGAGAUGGACCGGCUAGAGAGGCCUCUGGUGAACUUGCCCCUCCUUCUGGACCCGUCCUCCUAUGUGCCUGACACUGUGGACCUCACUGACGAUGCCCUGGCCCGCCAGUACUGGCUCACCUGCUUUGAGGAGGCCCUGGAUGGGGUGGUGGAGCGUGCUGUGGCCAGCCAGCCAGAGUCCACUGACGCAGCUGAGAGGGCUGAGAAGUUCCGGCAGAAGUACUGGAGCAAGCUGCAGACCCUGCGGCACCAGCCCUGCGCUUACGGGACACUAACUGUGCGCAGCCUUUUGGACACGAGGGAGCACUGUUUGAAUGAGUUCAACUUCCCAGACCCCUACUCCAAGGUGAAACAGACAGAAAAUGGCCUGGCGCUAAAGUACUUUCAAAGUGUGACUCGCUCUCUAGACUUGCUUGGCUGGGAGGAACGGCAGCUGGCCCUGGUGAAGGGACUGCUGGCUGGAAAUGUCUUUGACUGGGGUGCCAAGGCUGUGUCUGAUGUCCUUGAAUCGGACCCACAGUUUGGGUUUGAAGAAGCAAAGAGAAAGUUGCAAGAGAGGCCCUGGCUUGUGGAUUCCUAUAGCAAGUGGCUCCAGAGGUUAAAGGGGCCCCCUCAUAAAUGUGCCUUAAUUUUCGCAGAUAACAGUGGAAUAGACAUCAUUUUGGGAGUCUUCCCCUUUGUCAGGGAGCUACUCUUUAGAGGGACGGAGGUCAUCCUGGCAUGCAACUCAGGCCCUGCCCUGAACGACGUGACCUACAGUGAGUCCCUCAUUGUAGCCGAGCGCAUCGCAGCCAUGGACCCUAUCGUCCACUCUGCACUCCGUGAAGAGAGGCUGCUCCUGGUGCAGACGGGCUCCAGCUCCCCCUGCCUGGACCUCAGCCGCUUGGACAAGGGGCUGGCUGUGCUGGUGCGGGAGCGUGGUGCAGACCUGGUGGUCAUUGAGGGCAUGGGCCGUGCCAUCCAUACCAACUACCAUGCGGCACUGUGCUGCGAGAGCCUCAAGCUGGCAGUGGUCAAGAACGCGUGGUUGGCUGAGCGGCUGGGAGGCCGGCUCUUCAGUGUUAUCUUCAAGUACGAGGUCCCCACGGAGUGAUGUGCCUGCUCUGCCAGAUCCGUCUGCCCAUCCCCAUCAAGAAUGUGAUUUCACUGCAACGAGGAGCCGGAGUUCACACCAGAAUAGUCAUGCUAUGCUGUGACUGAUGGCACAUGCGCCCGGCAGCCGGCCCAACGUUUGUCCUGUGCGGCACUCAGAAUGUAUUUAACUGUUAAAUAAUCUUUUAUAUAUAUAUAUACGUAUAUAUAUAAAUAUAUAAAUACAUACA